AUGUACGAUGACAAGUUUCAUGUAGCAGAAUACACCCUGGGUCUGGUCAUAUCUUUACAACGCAAAAUUCACAAAGCCUGGCUGCGGGUUCGAGAGGACAAAUUUUCUCUCAAUAGUCUUGUCGGCAGUGAUUUGUACGGUCGAAAUAUCGGUGUCGUUGGCACUGGCAAUAUCGGUGUUUUGGUAGGUCGGGAACGACCGACCAAGCCUUGGGUGUGGCCACACGAUGUUGUGGAGUAUCCAGAUCUUGUUAGCAUCGGCGUGAAAUAUGUGGGUAAGGAUGAACCACUCCACCACGCGGAUGUGGUGUCCCUACACUGUCCUCUGCUACCAGACACCCAGCAUCUCAUCGACGCAGGCAGCCUGAAGACCACGAAACCAGGAGUGGUUAUUGUAAAUAGUGGACGUUCGUUGGUUGACAGCACCGCUCUUCUAGACGGAUUGGAAUCUGGACACGUGGGUGGAGCGGCACUGGACGUCUAUGAGAAGGAGAAUCCUCUCUUCUUCCGCGAUUCAUCUGAAAAGAUCGUCAGAGACCACACCUUUCAGCGCUUGAUUACGCUCCCUAACGUGAUUGUGACCGGGAACCAAGUUUUCUUAUCUCGUGAAGCGCUAGAGUCGAUCGCCAACAUCAUGUUGUCAAACAUUGCUCAAUUCGAAAAGAAUGACGGUCAUGUGGAAAGAGCAACAUAG